CUAAACAAAAUGUUAUGAAUAAACUACUAAAAUUUAUUCGAUCCACAUAAUUAUGUCAGAAUGACCCCCUCAUCACUUUGUUUUAUCGUGUGUAAAAGUCCGCUGCUAGCGGCAAAAGGACGCUUUAUCAAAGGAACGCGGUAUUUGUCAAAGAAAAGUUGCGUCUUUGAUUCCCGCCGCAUUUUCUAGGAACUUCGGGCGGCGAGUUUGACGGGAACAUUCAAGACAUCGUUCGCGGCGAUAUUAAUGUUGCGAUUGCAGGGAUUUGAAUUUUGAGUCAGUCUGAGUAGCAACUUGAAAGCAACACGUCGAUAUUGUUGAACAGCGCAAAAUGAGUGCGGUGAAAAAAAGUAAAACGUAUCAUUUUAAUAACGAUUGGGAGGAAGAAUUUUUUUUUUGUAUGGUGAAGGAUAAGUGCAUCUGUCUCAUUUGCCGUGCGUCAGUAGCAAUGCCUAAGCGUGGGAACUUAGAGAGGCAUCAUAAAACAGUUCAUAAAAACUAUGAAAAGGAUUUUCCGUCGCAGAGCGAAUUAAGAAAACGAAAAGUACGUGAUUUGUUAGCUUGUUUGAAAAAAGAACAAGCCAUGUUCACAAGACCAGUGAAACAAUCAAAAGCUGCAACGAUCGCGUCAUUUAAAAUAUCUCAUAUAUUGGCGAAACACAAGAAACCAUUUGAAGAUGGAUCGGUUGUGAAGGAAGCAUUUAUUGAAGCGGGAGAAACUUUAUUUGCAGAAUUUAAAAAUAAAACUGAAAUUAUAUCUGCUAUUAAAGAACUUCAGUUAUCUCGUGCAACUGUCACGAGGCGUGUUGAAGUCAUGAGUCAGGACAUGGCAGAUCAACUAAAACAUGAUAUCAUGAAAUCUACAUACUUUUCUUUACAGUUCGAUGAAUCCACCGAUAUUACAGACACUGCCCAGCUAUGUAUUUUUAUUCGAAUGGUUUUCAGUGACAUGUCAGCCAAGGAAGAGUUUUUGACAAUGAUUCCUCUGAAAGGAAAGACCCGUGGCGAGGAUAUAUAUGACGUUUUUUUCAAUUUUGUAAAAUAUUAUAAGCUACCAAUAUAUAAAUUAGUAUGCAUUACAACUGAUGGAGCACCAGCAAUGAUUGGAAACAAAAACGGUUUUGUGGCAUUGUGUCGAGCUAAUGACGAUUUCCCUUCAUUUUUCUCCUUCCAUUGCAUUAUACAUCAACAAGUUUUGUGUUCAAAAGUUCUAAAUAUGGAGGAGAUUAUGGGCAUUGCAAUAAAAAUUGUGAAUUCCAUCCGUGCACGUAGUUUGCAGCGGCGGCUUUUUACAUUGCAGUUAGAAAAUAGUGAGUUGGCUGAACACACUGAUUUAGUUCUUCACACAGACGUCAGGUGGUUGAGUCGCGGAAAAUUUCUAGAAAGGUUUCAAGAAUUAUUGCCCGAAAUAACCGCUUUUAUGGAAGAAAGAGGUGACGAUACUAAGAUGCUGAAAAACGAAAAAUGGUUGACUGAUUUGGCAUUUUUGACAGACAUCACAAUGCAUUUAAACACCAUCAAUUUUCAGCUUCAAGGUAAAGGAAAAACUAUUAUUGAUAUGAUUAGCGCAAUAAACGCAUUCAAAAUUAAAUUGCAACUUAUGAUAGAUCAACUGAAAAGAAAGGAUCUGAAACAUUUUCCAUCUUUGAAAGCAAGGAUUCCUCUGUUAAAUUAUGAUAUUUAUGAGGCAGAAUUAUCAAAUAUUUUGGGACAAUUCGAAAUACGUUUUUAUGAUUUCAACAAAUUGGCAAAUAUCGCAUCAUUUAUGAGUUAUCCUUUUUCGUGUUCAAACAUUGAGGAAUUAGCAACUGAAAUAGCAAGUCAGUUUAACAUGGACUCAUGUUCUGUUGAAAAUGAGUUAGUGCAGAUUAUAUCAGAUAUACAUCUCAAAGCCACAGCAUCUGACACAAAAUUCUGGUGUUUUAUAGCAGAAGAUAAAUAUCCGAAUCUGAGGCAAAUUGCCCUUCAACUGACGACAAUGUUCGGAUCAACUUACUUGUGCGAGUCUGCAUUUUCUGAAAUGAAGAUAAUUAAGUCAAAGUAUCGCAAUCGACUAACUGACGAACAUAUGUCAUCAUGCUUGAGAUUAGCACUCGGUAAUUAUGUACCAUCUUAUGAAAAGUAUGCUGAGGACAUGCAGUGCCACGCUUCAACAUCCAAAGUUACUCUUUAGUUAAGUUUAACACUCUUUUGUUUUGUAAUAACCAAUAAACUCAUAAUUUUAAAUAACAA